UCAGACCUGUCAAGUGGUGGCACCAGUGCGCUAUCGACCUGUGUUCACACCUCAUCAAUUCCCUCCCCAUUACUGGAUAUCUUGUAUUUAAUGGAUUGAUCAGUGCCAGCGGCCCAGGAUGUCCGUACGGGAGCUGUACGUUAAGGGCGCCCGCGUAUGGAUCCCCGACCAGGAGCAAGUGUGGCGCUGCGCCGAGCUCACCAAGGACUACAAGAAUCAUCUGGUGGCCGUCAUCUAUGAGAACUCCCAGACUGAUGACAUCAAGGUUAAGAGUGAUGAGCAUCUCCCACCUCUAAGGAACCCUGAUAUUCUCAUAGGCGAAAAUGACCUCACCUCGCUCUCUUACCUCCACGAGCCUGCUGUCCUCUACAACCUACAAGUGCGUUUCUGCAACCACAAUGCCAUCUACACGUACUGCGGAAUCGUUCUUGUGGCUAUCAAUCCCUAUGAGGAACUCCCUAUCUAUGGCCCGGACACUAUCUCAGCUUAUCGAGGCCACUCCAUGGGUGACCUCGAUCCUCACAUCUUUGCUGUUGCAGAAGAAGCGUUCACACAAAUGGAGAGGGAAAACAAAGACCAAAGCAUCAUCGUGUCAGGAGAGUCGGGCGCUGGCAAGACAGUGUCGGCCAAGUACGCCAUGAGGUACUUUGCCAGCGUGGGCGGCUCAGACUCGGAGACACAGAUCGAGAAAAAGAUCCUGGCGUCGAAUCCUAUAAUGGAGGCAAUUGGUAACGCAAAGACGACGAGGAAUGACAACAGUUCGCGUUUUGGAAAAUAUAUAGAGCUGGAUUUCACACGUAAAUAUAGCAUAAUGGGCGCCAACAUGAGAACAUACCUCUUGGAAAAAUCCCGUGUUGUCUUUCAGGCUCCAGAGGAGAGAAAUUACCACAUAUUUUACCAGUUGUGUUCUGCAUCAUCAGACGAAAAGCUGAAGCAUCUGAAAUUAGGCUCUCCGGAAAGUUUUCACUACAUGAACCAAGGACUGCGAGAGGCUCCCAAACGGUCAUCCAAGACCCGCCAGGGACAUCAAGACAAUUUUCACUACCUCAAACAAGGCCGAAGCCCUCACAUCGAGGGUGUGGACGACGCUGCGGACUUUCAAGAGACGUGUCGGGCGUUUUCACUUUUAGGAAUGAAUGAGGCAACACAAGAGCAAAUGUUCACAAUUCUUGCUGGAAUAUUACACUUGGGAAACGUCACAUUCGAGGAGGACAGCGGCGAUUCUUCUACUAUUGAUAAAAAAGAUAAGUCACUUCACAUAGCAGCAGAACUACUAGGUAUCCAGUUAGAAGAUAUACAGAAGUGGCUCUGUCACCGUAAAAUUGUCAGUGGGAGGGAAGUCUUCACGAAGCCCAUGACGUUCACAGAGGCAACGUUUUCAAGAGAUGCUUUGGCUAAACACAUCUACGCAAAGUUGUUUGAUUGGAUUGUGAUGCAGAUCAAUAAAUGCUUUGCUGCUACAGAAAAACCAUUCAGAUUUAUUGGAGUUCUCGACAUCUACGGGUUUGAGACAUUUGAGAUCAAUAGUUUUGAGCAAUUUUGUAUUAAUUAUGCAAAUGAAAAACUUCAGCAGCAGUUCAAUCAGCACGUAUUCAAGCUGGAACAAGAAGAAUAUGUGAAGGAACAGAUCGAGUGGGAAUUCAUCAACUUUUACGACAACCAGCCGUGUAUUGAUCUCAUAGAGAGCAAAUUGGGAAUCCUGGACCUGUUAGAUGAGGAAUGUCGGAUGCCAAAGGGUUCAGAUCAAUCGUGGGUUGAGAAGCUCUAUGACAAGUGCAAGAAAUGGGAUCACUUUAGUAAACCCCGACUGUCCAAUACGUCUUUCCUCAUCUCUCACUUCGCUGACAAGGUUGGCUAUGAGUGUGCCGGCUUCCUGGAGAAGAACCGCGACACGGUGUCAGAGGAUCAGAUCAGUAUUCUCAAAUCUAGUCAGAUUAAAUUAGUUCACGCUCUCUUCACGGAGAGGGAAACAAAGGCCAUGACCAAAGUGAAGGUCCUACCCUCUGCGCCACCACAUUCAAAAUCAAAACAGAUGAAGAAAACAGUUGGUUCUCAGUUCCGUGAGUCGCUGAAUCUGUUGAUGUUGACGCUAAACUCGACGACGCCUCACUAUGUGCGGUGCAUUAAACCUAACGAUGAUAAGAUGGCCUUUACCUUCGAUCCUACCCGAGCCAUCCAGCAGCUGAGGGCCUGUGGUGUGUUAGAGACUGUUAGAAUUAGCGCUGCAGGUUAUCCCUCCAGGUGGACGUAUAAUGAAUUCUUCUGCCGGUACCGGGUGCUGUGUAAUUCCAAAGAUAUUAAGUGGAAUGAUAUGCGUGUGACGUGUGAGAGGAUCAUCGCUAAUAUGAUCAAUGAUGAAGACAAAUUUAAAUUCGGCCGUACCAAGAUCUUCUUUAGAGCGGGUCAGGUGGCCUACAUGGAGAAGCUACGUGCGGAUCGGUUAUCUGCAUGUGGUGUUAUGAUUCAGAAACAUGUACGAAUGUUCUUGCACCGCAAUCGCUUCAGAACGAUGCGUAAGGCAGCUGUAACUAUACAGAGGUAUUCAAGAGGCACAGCAGCUCGUAGACGUGUUCAUCACAUGCGACAGACUGCAGCAGCUAUCAGGAUUCAGGCAUGUGUACGAGGCUGGGUCAAAUUUGUGCAGUAUCGGCGUCUUGUUUACACUAUCACACAAUUACAGGCGCAUGCUCGUGGUGCCUGGGCUCGGAAAAGAUAUGAGCACAUGCGUAGAGUCAGAGCGGCCAUUGUCAUCCAGAAGAAUAUACGAUCAUGGUUGACAAGGGAGCACUUCAAGAAGGCCAUGCUUGGUAUUGUCAUCCUACAAGGAAUGGUACGAUGCUUCCUUGCCAGAAAGAAGUUGAAGAAGCUCAAGAUUGAGGCCAAGUCAGUUGAACACCAGAAGAAACUCAACAAGGGAUUAGAAAACAAGAUCAUUUCACUGCAGCAGAAGCUCACAGAAAUGAAACACGAGAACAACUUCAUCAAAGGCUACAAAGAGGAGAUCACCGUUCUAAAGGGACACAUGGUUGAGAUGAAGUUGUUGGAAGUCCAGCAAAAGAACAGCACCAACCGUAUUGCUGAGCUCGAGGCCAAGGUGUCUGCGCUAACGGAGGAGGUGGAGAAGGAGAGAGGUGAGAAGAUGGACGUGUUGACCGAGAAGGAGCAAGCAGAGAAGGAUAACCGUGAAAUAGUGGAAAAACUCAACGCAGAAAAUGUACGCCUAUCAGAAGAGUUGGAAAAGGCCCAGAAAGAAGAGUCGAAAAAAGAAUCAGAAGAGUUGCUACGGCGUAAGUUUGAGGCAGAGAAACAACAGAUCAUCAUGGAGGGCUCGGAUGAGAAGUCAGCAUACCAAAGACUACUGAAGGAAUUCAAUCGUUUAGAGCAGAAGAAUGAUAUCCUGGAGGAGCAGCUGGUGAGAGUCAAGGGAAGCAAUGUUCAUAAAAGAACCGCCAGCAAUGUGAGUAACAUCAGCGGCGCCAGCGAUGCUCCCACGGAACUUGUGCGUGACGACGCAUCAGAGUUCAGUUCCAUAAUUGGGGAUGAUGAUUGGAUGUCUGACAUCGGCUAUGGGUCUGUUCGGAGUCGUGCCAGCGAAUUCUCGGACUCCAGCAGGAAUUUAGAGAAUAUCGAUUGGAGUUCGCCGUCUCAUAAGGCCAACACGGAGAUCAAAAUACACGUACCGGAGAAGGUGGAGGACAUCACCUUAGUACUCCAACUCCAAAACAAAGUGCGGGAGUUAGAGAAGGAACGGAGGAGUCUGGCCAAGCAGAUUGACCAGUUGGAGUCGUCAUCUCCCAUGGAUGACCCGCAGCACGCACAGGAGCUUAUCCGGCUUCAAGAACUGGAGAUGGAGAACGCCAAGUUAAAGGACGACCUCAACCGGCUGCGGAAGUCCAUCGCCGACUCUGAGCCGCAGAACAACAGAGUGCAGGAGUUCAUGAAACAGUUCGAGGCUCUUCAGGACGAGCUGGAGCGGCGGCGAGAAGAAUGCAUCCAGCUGCGUACCGUGCUGGCUAACCGGGCCCAUGACCUGCGCUCCCUCACACAGACGUCGUACGGCAAGGACGUCGAUAUUGUUAACGAGGACGGUGAACUAGCUUUAGCAUACCAGACACAGAAGCAGGUCAACAGACGACAAUUAGAGGAGGAACUCAAAACGGAGAAAUUACGGUAUCGUGAAUCAGCGUCAGAGUACAAGGGCGAGUUGGAGCGCCUCCGCCGGGACAACGAACGCCAGCAGAAACUGUUGGCGCAGAACCUGACUAAGGGUGACGGCUCUAACCCUGAGACUCUCCUUCAGUCAGAGAUCAUGCGACUUACCUCAGAGAACCUUACGUCAGAUAGUCUUAUGCCACUGCAGCCGCCACAGAACCUCCAAGGCCAGGUGGACAGUCUAACAGAGCAGCUCAAGAAGUACAAGCGAUCACUUAGAGCGUACGCCAAGAAGCUCAAGGAGGCUGGUGGCUCGGGGAGCAAGCGGUCCUCAGCACAAGGCAGCCCGUAUGGUGGUGAUCCUCCUGACCUGCUGGAUGUUAACGCCACACACGAGGGGGAGGUGAUGCCAGUCAUCCGCAAGAAAGAGAGAGAUUACAUGGGCAUGUUUGAGUAUGACCGGAGGGAGGAGAUGCAGAUCAUACGCGUCCUCAUAUAUGAACUGAAACCACGUGUUGCUGUAACAUUCCUGCCUGGGCUGCCUGCAUAUAUUUUGUUCAUGUGCAUACGGCACACUGACCAUAUCAAUGAUGAUGAAAAGGUGCGGUCCCUUCUAAACAACAUUGUGAAUGGUGUGAAAAGGGUGAUCAAGAAGCGUCAUGAAGACUUAGAUUCUACUGUAUUAUGGCUUUCUAAUGUCCUACGACUUCUACACAACCUCAAGCAGUACUCAGGGGACAAGGCUUUCCAGGCUGAAAAUACUGUUAAGCAGAAUGAACAGUCUCUCAAGAACUUUGACUUGUCAGAAUACCGACAAGUCUUGUCCGACAUUGCUGUUUGGAUUUAUAACGGAGUGAUUAAAUUAAUGGAGGAAAAAGUGCAGCCAUUGAUCGUGCCUUCCAUCCUGGAACAUGAGGCCAUUACAGGUCUCUCAGGCAACAAGCCGGGUGGUAUGAGAGGUCGAGCUGGCAGUUUAGCCCGUGAGCUGGAAUCCCCUGUAGAACCUCAAAAAGCUCUAGAUCUGCUACUUAAGGAGAUGACACAGUUCUAUCGCACACUUGCAAUGUUUGGAACUGAUCCAGAGCUUAUUACUCAAGUUUUCAGACAGAUAUUCUACUUCAUCUGUGCUGGAUCUUUGAACAACUUGUUGCUCCGUAAAGAUAUGUGUCACUGGUCAAAAGGCAUGCAGAUUCGUUAUAACUUAAGUCAUCUGGAACAGUGGACACGUGAUAUGCGACUCCACGAGUCAGGUGUCACAGACACUCUUGCUCCCAUCAUCCAGGCUGCCCAACUUCUUCAAGCCCGCAAGACCGAUGAUGAUGUCCACUCCAUAUGUGACAUGUGUGACAAGCUCUCUGUGUCUCAGAUCAUCAAGAUCCUCAACCUGUAUACACCAGCAGAUGAAUUUGAAGAACGUGUUCCCAUCACCUUCAUUCACAAGAUCCAAGCUAAAUUACAGGAACGGGCAGAGGGUGAACAAGCUCAGGCAACCUUACUGAUGAACACCAAGUUUGCCUUCCCUGUUCGGUUCCCCUUCAACCCAUCAAGCAUUCAUCUAGAGGACGUUGAGCUCCCCGAAGCACUUCCCCUAGGCAUGUUGAAGAAGGUGUAAUCAAGUUAAAAAGCCGGUGGUGAUUCUGUUUGCAUAGAGCAGCUAGUGAGAGGCAGCAAUAAAUUAGUCAAAAGAGAUGCCAUGAAACCUUCAGGAGUGAGGCUGAUAAUAAUUUACUUUGGCAAAAGUCUGCAUGGAAAUGCUAGACAGUUAAUUGUAUUAUAUAGCUUUUAAAAGAGAAAAUCAGUGGGAAGCAGUUAUUGCUGUGAAGUACCUUAUUAUCUGAAACAAAGUCAUCCAACUCCUGGAGAAUAAAGUCAUAACCAGUUAAUUGUACUGUCAUAAUGAAGCCAUGUUGCUUCUUAAUCACAUAAUGUUUUUUUAAGUGAAAUGAAUAGGUCUUUCAUCGGUGAAGUGUCUCAUGGAGUCAAUUUGGACAAUAACACAGUUUAUUUAGUUAGGUCACCUAUUUAUGAGGACUUGAGGGUGGAUGUUGUGUGAUAGUUCAUAAAAAAACAAAAUGAGUCUGCCGGGUUCUCUUAUCACUUAUUCCUUUGCCAUGUGUUUAUCUUCCAAAAAAAUGAGGCCUUGGAAUUGAAUUGAAAUGACUUCUUGGAGAGUAGUAAGAUAGUGUAUAGAAGUCAAAAGCAAGCCUUUGCUCUUGAUUUCUAUCAGAGCAGCUUUAUCUAAAUUCUAGGGAAAUAAAAUGAAUCAUUUACUGUAUGUUUUGAACACAAUUUUAUGCCUCCACAAGGUGACACUCAGUAUUAAAUGUUGAAAAAUGCAUUUGUUUGCUCUGUAUUAUUUAAUUUCACUAUGGAAAUUAUUCCACUCCAUAUUCCUUUAUUGAUCUAUUUUCCAUGACAAAGGUAUGUAAAAAAAUAGUAAUUUAACUAAAAACUUGGAUUCGACAUCAUGUUAAGCAGCAGCGGCAAGGCGGCCACAAGUAGGUAUUGUACAUAAUUGCUGCUAAUGCAUUUUAACUGGUUCUCUUGUGAAAUGGCACAUAACUUAAUGCAUUCCUUUCACAUUCCAGAGCCUAUAGUUAAAUAUUACUAUAAUGUAAUACUGUAUAUGGUUCAUAGUGUUAUUUAUUUAUUGUAUAGAUGUUCAGAGUUUAACUUAUGGAGAGCUUCGUUUACAAUAUUAGGUGUUCUACACAGAUGGUGUGUUGAUGCCACAUGAAACAUAUGGGAGGACUAGAUCCUUUUUUUUUUUUAUCAUUACACAUAAUUUCUUUUCACAAAAUAUGGCUAUGUACAGUAAAAAUGUGAAUUUAAUUUGUAUGGUUUCAUCUUUUUCAAGACUAUUAGAAAUGGUACAUACCUAACUCAUCUGCACAUUCCAUGGUGAUCUCUUACCAAUUCAUAUAUAUAUAUAUAUAUAUAUAUAUAUAUAUAUAUAUAUAUAUAUAUAUAUAUAUAUAUAUAUAUAUAUAUAUAUAUAUAUAUAUAUAUAUAUAUAUAUAUAUAUAUAUAUAUAUACAGUAUAUAUAUAUAUAAUUUUAAAGCCCUAUGCUAAUGACAGACUCUUCGUUACCUUAGUUCUUGUGCAUUUUUUAGCACUUAUUUGUCAGAGUAUGUAGAAGUUGAAUUGCUUGUCACCUUUUUUUUUAUGCUGUACACUAGGGAGAAUCAUCCCAUGAUAAGGCACAUACUGUGUUAGUCAGAUUUGACAUUUUACUGUACAUCAUAAAUGACUAAUGGCAGAGUCACAAACCAAGAGAAGUUAUCAUUAGGGAGAUAUUUAAUUUUUGUAAAUGUUUAGAUUUGCUUUUUUCAGAUUGGGUCAUUUAUAUUCUUUCAUAUUAUUUGGAAGACAAACGUCAUUUGUAAAUACACUGUUGCAAAUGUGUUGCGUGAAUUUAAUUUAAUCUUAAAUGAAGUUAAACCAAAUGUAUACUGUAGCUAUUUGGCCAGAAGUGGUGAGUACCAGUUGGUAUAUAUAAAUAUAUAUACAGUAAAAUUAAACUUUGUUUUGUAAUCCAGGGCGUGCAGUCUAUGAGAAUUUUAAUAUGUAUUAUUAAUUUAUUUGUCAGUGAUUACAUUGAGAUUUCUCAAGUUUUAUUACAUAAUUAAUAAUGACAAUAAUAAUUCAUCAAUUAAUAACUAAAAUUGUACUAAUAUUACUGUAACAUCUAGGUCAUUCAGUGCUGCAAGUUAUAAGUUAGGCACCAGAUACAGUACUGUACUUAUACAUGGGCACCAGACACAGCAUUUAUACAAGGGCACCAUACACAACACUUAUACAUGGGCACCAGACACAGCACUUAUACAUGGGCACCAGACACAGCACUUAUACAUGGGCACCAUACACAACAUUUAUACAAGGGCACCAUACACAACAUUUAUACAUGGGCACCAGACACAGCACUUAUACAUGGGCACCAGACACAGCAUUUAUACAAGGGCACCAUACACAACAUUUAUACAUGGGCACCAGACACAGCACUUAUACAUGGGCACCAGACACAGCAUUUAUACAUGGGCACCAGACACAGCACUUAUACAUGGGCACCAGACACAGCAUUUAUACAUGGGCACCAGACACAGCAUUUAUACAUGGGCACCAUACACAACAUUUAUACAUGGGCACCAGACACAGCACUUAUACAUGGGCACCAGACACAGCAUUUAUACAUGGGCACCAGACACAGCACUUAUACAUGGGCACCAGACACAGCAUUUAUACAUAGGCACCAGACAGUACUUAUACAUAAGAUGUUACAAACUUGGGUGCUACAUAUUAUUUAUUUAACUGUUUGUAGCAUGCAGGGAAACAAGUGCCAGAUAUUUGUAUGCAGGUAUUGGCAAAAAUAUGUAUGUAUAGUGUUGUCAUAUAAUUUAGGCAUGAGAAAUUUCUAUAUACAGGUAUAUCUGAAUUUAAGACAAAAAUCUAUUGUGGUUUCAGCAGGUUCAUUAAUAAGUUUUAUAAAUGUGAAUGAUUGGUUUAUGAUCAGACCAGAAUUCCAAAACAUCUCAUACCCCAGUUUUGUAUGUUGACAUGGAAGUGUUGUAGUUUUAUUUCCAUGAUCAAGACUGGCUGUGUGUUAAUGAAAAUUCUACGUUAUUUUUUGUUUUAAGACAUAUUUCUAUUUUACUGAUUCAUUCUGUGUUCUUUGGGUGUAUACUUGAGCCUAACCAAUAUUUUUCUUUUGUGAAACAUUGUAACUAAAUUAGUUGAAAGUAGGUAACUGUCCAAAAAUUUUGAUUUAUUUAAUACAGUACAUGUGUCUUAUAUUAUUUCCAAAGAGAUUUAUAUCAUGGUUAAAACAUGGUGGUCUGUUUCUUUUGGGAAUUAUUAUUAAAGGCUGAAACUUGGUUUUAAAAUUCAAUAUCAGUCUGAGAAACAAGGUGAUUCUUUGCCGUACAGUACACUGCCUAGAAAUAAAGGUUGAAGUAAUAGCAGUGCUGUGUUAACUGUGUGUUGCCUUCUUAUUUAAAAAUGUUAAUUGGAAACCAAUAAAUACAGACAAGUUG